GCAGAAACAAACGUAGGUUGUCUUGCUAUUGGUUUUAUAUAAACAUUCAUAUUUUACACAUGCCAUUGAAACUUAGCAUCAUUUGACAACAAUUAUCGAGCUAGCAUUGAAACAAUUCUAUUAAAGUAAAAGGCUUAUAUUAGACAUUAGUUUCCGAUUCAUUUGUUUCAUGAUAAAUUCUUUUUGUCAGAAGAUCUAUGUCGUGAAUUUAACUAGAAUAGAAUACAGAACAGAACAGAUACGAAUAGAAUAAUAAAAUAAUUCAACUGGAUUACUUCGUCGGAUCGCGUGCUUACUUUAAACAGGGAGAUCACAAAAUGGAUGUGGACUCAACGGAAAACACAUCUGAUGUUAUCUACAUUUCCAAAGGAUUACACAAUGUCUCAGAAUGGCCAGGUGUGUUUAAUGAAAGUAACUCACUUAAUUCUACCGACUCCAUUCAGCCAGUCAAGUACUACACGGUUUUGUACAGGACCGUGGGGAUAACAUUAGCGACGAUUGUGCUCGUCGCAGGAAUUGUUGGAAAUAGUAUGGUUGCCAUUGUCGUAGCCCGAACUAAAACAAUGCGCACACCUACCAAUUGUUACAUUGUUAGCCUUGCCAUAUCGGACAUUUUGGUGCUAGUGGCGUGUGCUUUACCCGUUAUGAUGGAACUUAACCUCAAGGUGGGGCAGUGGAUUCUGGGAAAAACAGGGUGCAAUUUAGUGAUCUAUUUGCAAUAUUUAGGAGUCAAUGCCUCGGCAAUGUCGAUAACGGCCUUUACAAUUGAAAGGUAUUUCGGCAUCUGCCACCCGAUGCGCGCACACGCUAUUUGUACCGUAAAACGCGCUGUUAAAAUUAUUGUUUUCAUAUGGAUCUUCAACGUAUUGUAUAACAGUACUUGGAUAUUUCUGACAAACGUCACGAUAAGACGCCAGAGCGAUAACACUACAAUCGAGUCAUGCGAGUACACUGGCAAAAGAAGUGACUAUGUCUACAUUUACAUGGUCGAUUUAUGUCUUUUCUACAUCAUUCCUUUGUGCCUCACCUGCGUUCUUUACGGAUUCAUUGCUUACAUACUGUGUAGUGGGUCGAUCGCCUCAUCUACGGCUGAAAGACUGGGACAUAACGGUACUAACUCACAGCAACAUCAAUCAUCCCCGUCCACAUUAAGAAAAAAUUCAACUUCUAACUCAAGGACUCAGGUUGUGAAGAUGUUGGUUAUAGUUGUGGGACUCUUCGCUAUUCUUUGGCUCCCAUACCGCGUUCUUGUCGUCUACAAUUCGUUUGCUAAAGAAACCUAUAUGGAUCCAUGGUUCCUCAUGUUCUGUAGAACAAUGGUCUACAUCAACAGUGCUAUCAACCCCAUACUGUACAACGCCAUGUCGGGGAAAUUCAGACGAGCUUUCAAAAAUCUCUUCGUCUGCGGAAGAAAGGCAGGCCAAGGCAGUUUUACAGAAAUACCAAUGAACGCUAGGACUCCUCCAUCAUCGCCCGACAAUCGAGGAAAAUAUCGAUAUACUGGUAAUCAAACCUCGAAGAAAACUGACGAAGAGGAAAUUGCUCUAAAACUGUCCAGUGGUAGAAAGACCAACCACAUAGAUUUUGUGUAAAUAGCCAAAGGACUGACCGCAUUCACAGGGUGAUUACAUUAGGUAAAAAUGUAAAAUACUCUGGUAUUUAGCUCAUUAAUCAAAUCUAAAAGAAAACCUUUCCAUGUCAUGCCAUUUGAUUGUUUGGAAUAACAAUUGCCAUAGAGACGUCAAAGUGUCUCACUCGACCUUAUAUACAUUAAAAUAAUUGUUUCAAUUUAUUUAGGGUACAAAAGGGACUUACUCGGCCUUGCGUCAUUUAUCGCACCCCCGCCCCCACAACCAAUAAGAAUAUAGAAGAAG